AUGGUCGCCGCGGGAUGCGAACACACGGGGCUGCUCGGGAGCGACGACACGGCCGCGGCCUUCGGCUGGAAUCACGCCGGCCAGUGCAACGUGCCGGCGAUGGGCGGGGCCCUGAGUUUCGCGCAGGUCGCCGCGGGGCGCGUUCACGCGGCGCCGUUCAGGAGCGACGGCCCCGCCGUGGUUUUCGGCGCGAAUGGCGCCAGCCAGUGCAACGUGCUGGCGCUGGGCGGUGGCCUGAGCCACGCGCAGGUCGCCGCGGGGAGUUCCCGCGCCGUGCUGCUCAGGAGCGACGGCACGGCCGUGGCUUUCGGCGCGACUGGCGCAAGCCAGCGCAACGUGCAGGCGCUGGGCGGUGGCCCGAGCUACACGCAGCGCGGCGUGCCGGCGCUGGGCGGCGGCCUGAGCUGCGCGCAGGUCGCCGCGGAAAGUUCCCCUGCAGUGCUGUUCAGGAGCGACGGCGCGGCCGUGGCCUUCGGCUGGGAUGACCUCGGCCAGUGCAACGUGCCGGCGCUGGAUGGUGGCCUGAGCUACGCGCGGGUCGCCGCGGGAUACACGCGGGUCGCCGCGGGAUACGAACACGCGGCGCUGCUCAGGAGCGACGGCACCGCCGUGGCCUUCGGCUGGAAUCGCGCCGGCCGGUGCAACGCGCCGGCGCUGGACGGUGGCUUGAGCUACACGCAGGUCGCUGCGGGGCGCGUUCGCGCGGCGCUGCUCAGGAGCGACGGCACGGCCGUGGCCUUCGGCGCGAAUGGCGCCAGCCAGUGCAACGUGCCGGCGCUGGGCGGUGGCCUGAACCACACGCAGGUCGCCGCGGGGAGUUGCCACGCGGCGCUGCUCAGGAGCGACGGCGCGGCCGUGGCCUUCAGCGCGAAUGGCGCCGGGCAGCGCAACGCGCCGGCGCUGGGCGGUGGCCUGAGCUACACGCAGGUCGCCGCGGGAUUCGUUCACGCGGCGCUGCUCGGGAGCGACGGCACGGCCGUGGCCUUCGGCUGGAAUGACCUUGGCCAGUGCAACGUGCUGGCGCUGGACGGUGGCCUGAGCUACACGCAGGUCGCCGCGGGAUGUCUUCGCGCGGCGCUGUUCAGGAGCGGCGGCGCGGCCGUGGCCUUCGGCUGGAAACGCACCGGCCAGUGCAACGCGCCGGCGUUGGGACCGGAAGGCGUGCACUCGGCGCUGCUCUGGAGCGACGGCGCGGCCGUGGCCAUCGGCUUCAACGGCGCCGGCCAGCGCGGCGCGCCGGCGUUGGGCGAAGGGGCGCUGACGCACACCGCGCGCCUGCUUGUCGGCGCGACGCUGCCCCUGCAGGCUUCGCUAGACGGCGGCGCG